AUGACCUUAAGUGUAGCAACUAUACGAAUAUCUAAAAGGACCAUUCUCCCAAUCAGAAUAUUCAUUAAUAGGAAACGUCUACUAGGAAACAAAUCUAGCGAUCCUAACAAUAACGAUGAGAAGACAUCGUUCCAAGCUCCAUUACUAUCAAACAACUCUAUCAUAUGUCUUCGAUCACCAAUAACAAGAAUAUACCUAUCAAAUCAAGAUAUGGAACGAUUAUGUUUAGAAAUCAAAGAUACGAUUAUCUUAAUCCUUUAUGAGUUGACGUCACCCAAGUUAUUGAAAAAUGUCCUGAAUAAAUUAAGAAUAGGAUCAAGUAUGGAUUUCCAAAAGGAUGUGAUACCAAAUAUUAUUGAUGCAUCCUCUUCAGAUGGUAACAAGUUUUUAAACGUCCCUGUUGUGACCAUUACAAGGAUCUCAAAGACAAAGUAUAAAUUGCAUUUUAAACAAAAUUGGGAGUUAGAUAUAUUCAUUAAGAGUUUUAAAUUGUUGACCAAAAUUAGGCAUUAUCUUUUAUUUACAGAUGAAACUAUUGGUGUUGCUCAAUCUUUGGGUUUGGUACCUAAAAGGAAAAUAUUGCUAAUGGAGCAGAAAUCUUCAAAAAUAGCUACAGACGAUACUGAGUCCAACGAGGAUAAUACAACUCCAUACAUCUUGCAAGAAAACGAAGAAAAUGGUGGUCAAGAAGAGGAAGAAAGUAAACCGAUAAUAACAUUCAAGUAUAACCCGAUAAUAACAUUGAAUGAAUGCAUAUCUGUCCAUGUGCUUCAGAGACCAAGAAGACAUAAGACUUGA